AUGGAGAACAAAAGAUAUGCACCGUUCAGCUGGAGCCUAGUUUUUCUUUUCUUUUUUCUAUACCCCACCAAUGGAGACGUCAGCUAUUCUGUACCAGAGGAGAUGAAACGUGGAUCCGUAAUAGGGAAUAUUGCCAAGGAUAUGGGACUAAACGUGGGCCAGCUUUCUGCUCGUAAAGCACGCAUUGAUCCAGAGGACAACGACGUACAUCACUGCGGUAUCAACCUCAACACUGGUGACUUGAUUGUGCAGGAAAGGAUUGACAGAGAAGAUCUUUGCGGUAAAAAGGCCUCCUGUGUUUUGAAACAGGAACUUGUACUGGAAAACCCAUUAGAACUGCACCGUAUUACUGUCAGGGUUCUAGAUGUUAAUGAUAAUUCACCACAAUUUAAUGAAGACUUGCUAAAAUUAGAAAUUCGGGAAUCAGCAGCAAAGGGUGCACGUUUUCCACUUGGAGAAGCACACGAUGGAGACAUCGGAGAAAAUGCAGUACAAAGCUACACUUUGCAACAAAAUGAGCAUUUUAAAUUAAAUAUAAAUACAAAAACAGGUGGACGAAAGUACUGUGAACUGGUCUUAGACAAAGAAUUGGAUAGAGAAGAUAAAAGAGAAAUUAUGCUUUUACUAACAGCAAAUGACGGCGGCUCUCCUCAGAGAUCAGGCACUGUAACUAUACACGUCACUGUGCUGGAUGCUAAUGAUAAUGUACCAGUGUUUAGUGAGCCGGUCUAUAAAGCCAGUCUCCCCGAAAACUCUCCAAUAGAUACCUUGGUUAUGACAGUGAGUGCAAGUGAUGCAGAUGACGGAUUAAAUAGUAAAAUAACUUAUGCAUUUGACCAUCUAUCUGAUGACAAAACUAAUGUCUUUACUCUAAAUCCUAAAACUGGAGACGUGAGAGUAUCUGGUAUUAUUGAUUAUGAGAAAGUAAAAUCAUAUGAAAUGCAAAUAAGCGCUAAGGAUGGUCUUGGUCUAGUGUCUUACUCAACAAUAAUUAUUGACCUUAGUGAUGUAAAUGACAACAGCCCUGUGAUAAAUAUAAAGUCAUUGUCUGAUCCAGUAGCAGAGAAUGUGCCACCUGGUAUGGAGGUGGGCAUCAUUAAUGUGCAGGACCGAGACUCAGAGCAGAAUGGGCAGGUCCGUUGUUCCAUUCAUCAAAAUGUUCCCUUCAAAUUAGUUUCUUCUAUUCCAAACUAUUACUCGCUGGUAACGACUGGACAACUGGACCGUGAACUUGUCUCUGAUUACAACAUUACAAUCAGUGCUACUGACGAGGGCUCACCUCCUCUGUCUUCCUCUAAAAGUAUCCACUUGUCUGUAGCAGACAUCAACGACAACCCACCUGUUUUUGAGGAAGAGUCCUACAGCGCAUAUGUCAGUGAAAAUAAUCAAGCAGGCUCCCCUUUAUGUUCUGUUAAUGCCCAAGACCCUGAUUGGAGACAGAAUGGUAGCGUAAUUUACUCUCUCUUACCUGCUGAGUUGAACGGUUCCCCUGUAUCCUCAUAUGUGUCUAUUAACGGUGACACGGGGGUGAUCCACGCCGUCAGGUCAUUUGAUUAUGAACACUUGAGGAGUUUUCAAGUUCACGUCAUGGCCAGAGACAACGGUUCUCCUCCUUUGAGCAGCAAUGUGAGCAUUAAUGUGUUUGUCUCGGAUGUGAAUGAUAACUCUCCUCAAAUAUUGUACCCUGCCCCUGAAGGCAACUCCUUCAUGACAGAGCUGGUCCCUAAAGCUGCACAAGGCGGCUCUGUGGUGUCCAAAGUGAUAGCGGUGGACGCAGACUCAGGACAGAAUGCCUGGCUGUCCUACCACAUAGUCAAGUCCACAGAUCCGGGACUUUUCACCAUUGGUCUGCACAGCGGAGAGAUAAGAACCCAGCGGGACAUUUUGGAAUCUGACAGCAUGAAACAGAACCUAUUAGUGGCAGUAAAAGAUAACGGACUGCCCCCCCGCACUGCCAGCUGCUCAAUGUAUUUACUUCUUUCUGAUAACUUGGCUGAAGUGCCGGAACUAAAGGACAUUUCUUAUGAGCAGAAAAAUUCCAAACUGACCUCUUACCUGAUCAUCGCUCUGGUGUCUGUGUCCACCUUCUUGUUGACCUUCAUUAUUAUCGUUCUUGGUGUGAGGUUUUGUCGCAGGAGAAAGCCCAGACUUUUGUUUGAUGGUGCAGUUGCCAUCCCCGGUGCAUAUCUUCCUCCUAAUUACGCAGAUGUUGAUGGAACAGGAACAUUACGUAGCACAUACAACUAUGACGCCUACUUGACUACGGGUUCCAGAACCAGUGACUUUAAGUUUGUGUCUUCAUACAAUGACAACACACUUCCCGCUGACCAGACUCUGAGGAAAAGUCCAAGUGAUUUUGAUGAGAUGUUUGGGGAUGCUGGAGGUUCUCCUGAGUUCUGCCACUUCUAA